AUGUUGGCUGCUGCCCUAAAUGAAACGAUUGGACGUGAAGUAACGCCGGAAGCGGAAGUAGAGGUGGUAAUUUUCGAAAGAGUCCUACAUAGCGCUGACGAUGAAACGGAUUGGGACAGAACGCUUGCGACUCCGCCACCCGGGGACGAGGAGGAAGAGUUUUUGUCGGAAGAGGCUGAGUUUGCAGUAGAGAUUAUCUAUGACGUCACUGGGGACGAGGCAAAGCAGCGGUGCCAGCAGCAAAACGCCAGCCUCGCAUCCGUCCAUUCAGCCGAGGAGAACAAGCUUUUCUUGGACAUGGUACAGCAAGGGCUAGCAGCGCAGUCCAAAACCGCCUUGACCGUCUACUUCCCAGAGUGGACCGGUCCCACGCUGCUGCUUGGAGCACAUCGGUCACCGGGCAAUAACACUGCCUUCCUCUGGGAUGACGGCUCGGUGAUGGCCUACACGAAUUGGGAACAGGGACAACCGGACCAAGACGCGGGAAAAGACGAAGGUUGCUUGGAGCGCUCCGCAGCCGCAUGCCAGAAAUGGGCGUUCGGGGCCGUAAUCCCAAGCGUGGCUUCACCUGCAGCUCACAAUGGACGA